GCGCCUGAUGCCCAAUUCGGUGGCGCGCCUGAAGUGCAGCCGGGCUCUUCUGAUUGGCUGGCGCGCUACGUCUCCGUUCGAGGACCGCCUUCUGCCUCUGGGCUUCGGAUAGAUCAUGGCCCUGAGGGCAUGUGGCUUGAUCAUCUUCCGAAGACACCUUAUUCCCAAGAUGGACAACAGUACAAUUGAAUUUCUGCUGCUGCAGGCAUCAGACGGCAUUCAUCACUGGACUCCUCCCAAAGGCCAUGUGGACCCAGGAGAGAAUGACUUAGAAACAGCCCUGCGAGAGACUCGGGAGGAAACAGGCAUAGAAGCAAGCCAACUGACCAUCAUUGAGGGGUUCAGAAGGGAGCUCAAUUAUGUGGCCAGGCAGAAGCCUAAAACGGUCAUUUACUGGCUGGCAGAAGUGAAAGACUACAAUGUAGAGAUCCGCCUCUCCCAGGAGCAUCAAGCCUACCGCUGGCUGGGGCUGGAGGAGGCCUGCCAGUUGGCUCAGUUCAAGGAGAUGAAGGCAACACUCCAAGAAGGACACCAGUUUCUCUGCUCCACACCGGCCUGAGCUGACCAGAACAAAUGCUUCCAUUGCCUCCUUAAGGGUUUUUCAAGAUGAACCCACCCUUCCAUCCAGGGAAGGAUGCACAGGUCAUGGCUUGUUAACAACCAAGAGCAGAUAGGUUAGUGAAAUUAAAAUUAACUCGGCACUCUGAGGUGACAGCAAGGAAGCCCUGGAUUCAAUCCCUAGCAUAGAAAAUAGUGACUUUAAAAAGUAAAGCAAGGAUUUUACUUUAAAAUAAUUACUUUCAAAGCAAGAAUUUUAGCUAAGUUAAAAAGCAAAGGAGGGGUACGGUUUUUUAAAUGACAGCCCCGAAGUAUGUCUUUUGUCAUUUAUAAAUAAACUGGAAGCAACGUACAUGCCCUUUCAA